UCUUCGUCUCUCCCACUGCACGAGUUCUUCCUCUCUCUCUCUAGGAACUUUUCGAAUUCCUUUGCUCUAGAGAGAGAGAGACAGGAAGAAUCACACACACGGAAAUUGUGAGACAAAAUGGGAGGGUGUGCGUCCAAACCUAAGGUGUUGAGGGAUGCCGACGAUGUGCCGCUUCCUGCGCCGUCGACGAAGGAAGAGGUAGAGGUGGUGGAAGAGGUCUGCAAGGAGGAUGCGUCGCCGCUGGUGGUGCUUGAUGUUGGAGGCAAACGCAACUCGCUUGGGAACUUGUUCAAGGAGGGCGAAGGUGUGGCGGCCUCAGCUGAGACCUCAUUGGAGAAAGCAAAACAAGAAAAUGCAGCUGACGCCGACCUCCAACCAUCUCCAGAACCAAUUUUCGAGGUUGUUGAAACAAAGAAAACACCAGAAACAGAUGUCCUAAAGCCCGAAACCUCUCCCGAGGAAAACAAGAUAGAAGCUGAAGCAUCUGAUGAGAAGCAAAUAGAGGACAAACCAGCUGAACUAUCAGACAAGGCAGAAGAGAAACCGGUUGAGGUUGCAAAGCCCGAACCAUCAUCAGACAAGGCAGCAGAGAAAUUGGCUGAGACUGCAAAGCCCGAACCAUCAGAGAAGGUAGAAGAGAAACCGGCUGAGACUGCAAGGCCCGAACCAUCAAACAAGGUAGAAGAGAAACCGGCUGAGACUGCAAGGCCCAAACCAUCAAACAAGGUAGAAGAGAAACCGAUUGAGGCUGCAAAGCCUGAACCAUCAUCAGACAAGGCAGAAGAGGUACCAGCUGAAGCUACAAAGCCCGAACCAUCAAACAAGGCAGAAGAGAUACCGGCUGAGGCUACAAAGCCUGAACCAGCAUCACACAAGGCAGAGGAGGUACCAGCUGAGGCUACAAAGCCCAAAUCAUCAAGCAACGCAGAAGAGAUACCGGCUGAGGCUGCAAAGCCUGAACCAUUAGACAAGGCAGAAAACAAACCAGUUGAGGCUGCAAAGCCCGAACCAUCAUCAGACAAAGAAAAAGAGGCACCAGUUGAGGCUGCAAAGCUCGAAUCAGCAUUAGGCAAGGCGGCAGAAGAAAAACCUGAGGAAAAGAAAUCUGAGCCCGAAACACACGAGGAAACCAAAGCAGAAGGUAAAGGGUCUGAUAAUAAUCAAACAGAAGAGAAGCCAGUUGAGACCACAAAGCCCGAAACACCGAACGAAUCGGACAAGGUAGAAGAAAACCCUACUGAUGAGAAGAAACCAGAGCCUGGGCACGAGACGACAGAGGUAAAGAAGACAGAGGAAGAGAAAAAACCAAUGUUCAAGCUGUGGUUUUGAUCGGUUUGGAGUUCAGGGACAAGAACCGGAAACAUGGGUGGACUUAUGAUCAAAGGGGGACGUGAUUCUUACAUGCAAAACUACGUAGUUCUAAUUUUCGAUGCUCCUACGUUCUAGGUUGUUCAAUUCAUAUAGAACACUGCUAUAGUACUAUAGGGAUAUAUGGAUACAAAUACGGAUAUGGAUACUAAUACAGUACGAUAUGGGCAUAACUAUAUGAUGAAUACGGAAAAGAUAUAGGAUGAAGGUAUGACUAAUUGAAUACGUUAGUUUAGAACAAAUAAUUUUAUUUAGCAAAAGAUUUUUUUUAAAAAAAUAUGAUAAAGAUAUAAAGCAAAAUGAUCGAUAGUUCUGUAACAACCGAUGAUGGUGUUGUAGGAGGAAAUUUAAAUAAUAUGUUGCGUUAUUAUUAUUAUUUUA